AUGGCGGACGAUAAUUCGCUGUAUCCGGAGGCUAGUGAGGUGGAAGGAGAGGACCAGAGGGAUUCUAUCCUUGUCACGUUUGGAGGAGUGGGGAUCAAGGGCGCAACAAUCCAAAGACCCAGUAAUCAAGGUCCAGCCGAUGGAGCAGCUGCUAACACAAACCAGCCGAGCAGCCCUUUGAAGGUCACAGUGAAGAUUAUCAAAGAUCCACUCCUGGACUACGGUUUUAUGGUCUCAGAAGAUUCACCAGUAUGUGUGAAGUCUGUCACUGCAGGUGGUCCUGGAGAGGGAAAGCUAUUCCCAGGUGACCAGAUUUUACAAAUUAACGACAUGCCUCUGGAUACAAUUUCCCAGGAACGUAUCGAUAACAUUAUUAGGGAAUAUGGUAACACUGUUACAGUGACUGUCCUGCGAAAUACCCCUGGGCCCAAGUCAUCAUUUAUUACUGAAGAGAAGCGAGCCAGAUUGAAAAACAACCCAGUCAAAGUACACUUUGCUGAGGAAGUGAUCGUCAAUGGCGAAGUACAGGAUAACUCGCUACUCUUAAUGCCCGGUAUUCUCAAGGUGUAUUUGGAAAAUGGACAGACCAAAGCCUUUCGAUUUGAGAAAAAUACAACAGUGAAGGAUAUCAUCCUCACCCUGAAGUCAAAGUUAUCCAUCCGUUAUGUUGAGCAUUUUGCUCUGGUUUUGAAGGAAAGAUACACUAUCAACAAGAUCUAUAUCUUACAUGAUGAUGAACUCAUUGAGCAGGUGGUCCAGAAGCGAGAGCCCCGUGAUUAUAGGUGUCUCUUCAGGGUUUGUUUCCUGCCAAGAGAUCCACUUGUACUUUUACAAGAUGAUCCAGUUACUUUUGAAUACCUCUACUCACAGAGUUGCAAUGAUGUGCUGCUGGAGAGGUUUGCGAUGGAGAUGAAAUACAGCACUGCUAUCCAUCUCGCAGCACUGCAAAUUCAGGAAUGCAUCCUCAGCUCCAACCAUUCUGAGAAAGUCUCCAUGAAGUACAUUGAGAUGAAUUGGGGAAUUGAGAAUUUUGUCUCAUCAACUGUACUUGAUAACAUGAAAGGGAAAGAUAUCAGAAAGGCCAUUAACUAUCACCUUAAGAACAAUCAUAGCUUGAUUGCACCAGGACAAAAGCAUCUGAUAUCCACGGCACAAGUCCGGCUGAAUUACCUGAACAUACUGAGUGAUCUUCGAGCAUAUGGAGGGAAAACCUUUAACGCAACCCUUCUGCUGCAGGACAGCGAAUCAUUUAUCACAUUGUUGGUCGGAGCCAAAUAUGGUAUCAGCGAAGUUGUUAACAGCAAACUCAAUAUUAUAAACCAGUUAACAGACUUCAACAACAUCCAGAAGUUGGAAUUGACCUUUGAGUAUGAGAAGAUCAGCGUGGUGAACAUCUACCUGGUGGAUGUGAAGUCUCUGACGUUGGUACUGGAAACUCGUCAUGCUAAAGACCUUGUGUGUUUGAUUGCUGGAUAUCAUAGGCUAUAUGUGAACUCAACAGACUCCAUAUUCAUCUGGCCUGGCAACUAUCAAAGUCAGACAACUGAAGAAGGUGACGAAGCCCAAGGAUUAAGUGAUUCAGAGUCAUCAUCAGACAUUGAGUCUAUAGAUAUCCACAAAUUGAGAAAUGGAUUCAUAGGGCCUCUGACUGAAGAAAAUGAGGACAUUGAGAACUCGGAAAGUGAGGCUACAGACAGUGACUGCUUACGGGAGAAUAUCCAGGAAGAGACCAGUUGCAGCACAGGGGAUGUGUCUGAUCUGAAUGAUGAAGCAACAAGUCAGGGAGGAGACUUUUGUGAUAGAAGCUGUUCUGCUGACUCUAUGGACGAACUGCAAAUGGAGACUUCAGCUCCACACUCACAUGGUGAGAUUUCUGAAGAUGAUGACAAAGAUUCCAACACCGAAGAGAGUGAUGGUGAGCCAGUUACAAAGGAGCACUGUACCAUGGAAUUGAAAGACAGUUUUGAACAACCUUCAGCAGACUCCUUAGCCUCUACUCCGACCCUUUCUAAAUGCUUUGCACGUUUUACAAAGGUGGUUUGCUCUAUUCCUGACCUCAGCCAAAGUGAGAACCCAUGCACUGCAGAAGUUUGCAACCAGCGCCCCAGGAACGAGGGUGACAGUUAUGCAGAAGGGGACAAGUCUUGGAAUUUGACAAGUCAUGGCCUGCUCACUGAGUUUCCACCUGCUAUUGAUGGGGACUUAUCCAGUGAGGUCCUCACUAUCCCGAUUCUGGCUCCUCUCCCUGACUUUCAGGACAACAGCUCUGAUGACAAAUUUUUCGAUGCAGCUGAAAAGGUUACUCAUGUGGAAGGUUCAGGUGACAUCAAAUUCAGUGGAACUGAAGCAGAGUUGGAGUCUGCUAAAAUUAAGGGGAUUGAAGCAAAACAAAAUGUGCAGAUAAGUCCAAGUCUUUAUGGCACAGGAUUGGACAUCAAAUCUGUUGAAUGCAUCAAAGGUAAACCAGAAGAAAUAAAAUACACAACCACAGGAAAAAGACAUUUUGCAUCUGAUGACGUGUAUGAUGUAAAAGCUGUUCAAUUGCAGCGUCAUUCAAACAAACAUGGAGAUCGUAUGCGUUGUAAUGAAAAGAAACAUGUUAAGACAAAAAUGCAUCGAUGGAAUGCUCUUUCUUCUUUGACAAGUAUCGAAAAUGAACCUGCCUUGUUGGAAACUAAGCCUGUUGGUCCAUUAACAUCCAUUUCCACCUGUGCCAAUAAAAAGGUCCAAUCAGAUUUAAUGGAAAUGGAGCCAGAUACCAUGGAAACAAAGUCAGUCACAGAAACAAUACCAGUCACUACUCCAGUUUCAGUCAGACGUUACCCAUGUGAUUCAGGCAUGAGAGAGGAAUGUGCUUCUCAUACAGAGACUAAAGCAGGAGAAAAAUUAAACAUUUCUCUUAAAGCUCAGCUGCCUGGAGAACCAAAGAUUGAAACUUGCGCAGUGAGGGCUCUUAACAUUUCUGAGUGCAACACGGAGCCUGCAGAAGACAGCUCGAAAGAUGACUUAUCAAAAACAGAACAGAUCUCUAACCAGACUGAGGCAAGUAUAACUGAGAUCAGUACAUCAAUAAUUUGCCCUCAAGAUAGAAACCUUCCUCGGGAAAUAUCUUCACUGACAAAUACACCAAGGCAGCUUUGUGAAGUAGACAACUCAACCAUUCAGGAAUCUGCAACUGCAACUCAGCAAAAUGAAUGUCCCUCCACCAAACUGAGCUGUCUCCAACAAAUAAAAAAUAAACACAGUUUGAAUGUUGACUCCAGAGUUCAAGCUAUCCUCACAACUGACUGGGAUAAGGAAAUAGAUGAACAGCUCCCAAUGAGUGAUGAGGACACGUGUAGCUGUAAGAUGGUAUAUGGGAAUCGUUUUCGAGCACAGGGUACUGAUGUUAAUGACGAAAGCAAAGAUUUUGCAUAUUCCAUAUGGCAGUGUUCACCGAAGACCACCCCACCUGAUUCAGAAAACUACCUCUCUCAAUACCUCACCACAUUUACUGGGCAAAGUGAGAAAUCCAUGCUUACCAGUUGCUCCUUUGAUUUUCCUAAAACUGAUCUUACACCGAAGCUUGAAGGCUCCAUUCUGUCACAAUUCAAGGCUGAAAGAUAUAGCAUGCCGAAUGGGUUCCAUCUGAUACGGAACGAUAUCGUGGAGCUACUCAAUGUGCUGAAAGAAUUCCCCAGAGAAAGUCAUAUUGAGGAAGAAUGUGCAAUACUUACUUCAUCAAUAAAGGAGAAAUUAUAUAUUGAAAGUGGAAAACUGAUGUCUGCUGGCCAGAAGGGCAUUAAAGUAGACCAGGCUCCUGUGGAGAUGCUCCUGGGAGUUUCUGAAAGUUUCCAGGCCCUCAUACAGCUAACAGCAACAUGUCUCCAGUUCACGACCUGCAUGCAUUGCGCAGAACGUCAUGCCGAAGUGGUCAAUAACUUAAAAGAGGUUUCUUUGACUUAUAAAACCUUUGUGAGAAUCUCUCAGGAUGCAUGCAGCAGGAAGUGUGAUGACUUAAGCAUGAAACUCCUGGCUCAGCAGUGUAAUGCACUGACUGCUGAUGUUUUCUGCCUGACGCAGUCAUUCAAAUAA